GGUCACCUUUUCACUACUCAGACAUCAGCUUUCGAGUGCGGUGGCGUGUUUUUCCUCCUCGUCGUCAAGUCGCUUUUCCUACACCAUUAUUGUGUGACAUUUCAAGUGCAUUUUUAAUUGUGCAAGAGUCAAGAGAUAACGCAGUGAAUAUCAGCAUCAUUUCGUACAAUCCAGUCAGUUUAUCUGUUCUCCCGGUAGCAACAGGGCAGAAGCCAUCCGACGAAAGUGUGAACACAUUCCUAACGCAAUAGCAGCAGAUCAGCGUUUGUUUAAAAAGCUGAUUCAGAACAUUUUGGGGAAAGACUUGCGCGAAGACAGCGGAGACACGCCGGCAUACCGCCAGAGGAGUGUGCAUAACAACAAUACGGACUCGGCUACAUAGUCAGCGGCGGUGUUGGGAAGCAUCAAGCGGAGGAGUUAUCAGUGCGAAUUUCACGAGACGGGAGAGUGUCCGCGGAGAAAGAGUGUAAUCGAAAAAGAGAGCGCGCGCGAGAGGACCAUUCCUCGCGUCGGAAGUAAAUAAGUACAAGCCAACGCCGUGAAGAAGGUUUAGUUUGAAGCAGUGCUUCAACGCGUUCAGAUCGUGAAGUAAUUUCUCAGAAGGAGCUGUAAUCUCACAAAUCGCGCGGAUUGAUCCCUUGGCAACCGCUACCAACAGCUUCCCAAACGGACAAUCAAAAAAGAAAAAGUGUGUGAAUUAUUGCUUUAUGUGGUUUGAUGAGCAUCAGGAUCAAUAAAAGCGAUUGAAGCAGCAAAAACAAGUGAUAACAGAGUGCACCAGAACAGUGAAGAUCAAUAACGACAACAGCGAGGUACUGUUCCAGUGCGCACCCUGAUAAAAAAAGUGGUGUGAUCCAGUCGGAAGCCGAAGUGUUUGUGUGUGCGAGAAGUUUAGGAAGAGAGUCCAGUGUGUAGUUGCUUCGCGAGAAAUUGAAGAUCCUUCUGCGUUGACCGUUCCCCGUUCAAGAAUCUGAUCUGAAGCGUUGCAGUCUGCUGAGGAGUUCAGUCGUCUUCUGGACUUACUAGUGAGAAGGUGUUCUUCAAGUCUGCUGACUAGUGAGCGGAGGAUCCUUUUUUUGGGAUUCCAGUGAAAAGUUUUCAUCGCCCAAUCGUUAGCUGAAUUAACGAUAGACUAGACGUCGUCCAGCACUUCGCGGCUUGGUCAGAAAGCAGGACACCCUCUAGCCGAUCGUCAGUGCAGCGGACAAGGCCGCCAUUCCUUCCCGCGGAAAACGUUCCAAACAGAAGAAAACACGACGCAACAAAGGCGCAACGAUGCCAGCCCGCUUCGACGAUGUUACUACUGACACCCGCCGCGGUGUCCCCAGGGACCUGGGGGGACACUACGAUGGCUGUCAGAUUCAGGAUGACAUCUGCAUCACAGGCUUCUCCGGCCGCCUGCCGGAGAGCUCCAACAUCGAAGAGUUCAAGCGCAACCUGAUGGAGGGCGUCGACAUGGUGAACGACGAUGACCGCCGGUGGCCCAAGGGAUUGUACGACCUCCCGACCAGGAUCGGCAAAAUUAAGGACGAAGACCUGCAAAACCUGGACGCAGAGUUUUUCAAAAUUCAUCAAAAACAGGCGGAGUGUAUGGACCCGCAGAUGAGAAUGCUGCUCGAGUGUACAUACGAGGCUAUUAUUGAUGCGGGCAUCAAUCCUCAGGAACUCCGCGGUAGCCGCACCGGCGUGUACAUCGGAUGCUCCAACUCCGAAACGGAACAGCACUGGUGUGCCGACCCGGACCUGGUAAAUGGGUAUGGCCUGAUCGGAUGUGCCCGAGCCAUGUUCGCCAACCGGUUGUCCUUCACGUUCGACUUCAAGGGACCCAGCUACGCGGUCGAUACGGCCUGUUCCAGUUCGUUGAUCGCCAUGUCCACGGCCUUUGCCGAUAUGAAGGCUGGGCGGUGCGACGCGGCCAUCGUGGCCGGGUGUGGAAUCAUUCUGAAGCCCACCAUGUCGUUGCAGUUCAAAAGGUUGAACAUGUUGGGUAAGGAAGGUAUGUGCAAGGUGUUUGACGAAUCUGGCAAUGGGUACGUGCGGUCAGAUGGUUGCGUAGUUACUUUCAUGCAACGUGCUUCCGAUUCGCGCCGUAUCUAUGCCAGCGUUCUGAACGUGCGAAUCAACACCGAUGGGUACAAGGAACAGGGAAUCACCUUCCCGAAUGGAGCCAUGCAAAAGCGCCUGAUUCAGGAAACCUAUGGCGAAAUCAAUCUCAACCCAGCGGAUGUGGUCUACGUGGAGGCUCACGGUACCGGAACGAAAGUCGGAGACCCGCAGGAGGUGAACAAUAUUACGGAUUUCUUCUGCAAGGACCGGAAGGCGCCCCUGCUGAUCGGUUCGGUCAAAUCGAACAUGGGUCACUCGGAACCUGCCUCCGGAGUUUGUUCCAUCGCGAAAAUGUUGAUCGCUAUGGAGGCGGGCAUCAUUCCCGGAAAUCUUCAUUUCAAGAACACCAACCCGGACCUUUACGGUAUCAUGGACGGCAGCGUUAAGGUUGUCGAUCGUAACCUGCCAUGGAAUGGUGGCAUAAUCGGGCUGAACUCGUUCGGGUUCGGUGGUGCCAACGCUCACGUGAUCAUGAAGUCAUACCCGAAACCGAAACCUGUCAGCCCCAAGGAUGGCUUCCCUAAGCUGGUUUUUGCUUCGGGACGUACCGAAGAAGCCGUUGAGGCAUUCUUGGAUGCCGCAGACACGAACAAGGACGAUGAGGAGUUUGUUGGACUGGUGAAUGAAGUUCACAGUAAGAACAUCCCUCUGCAUUACUACCGUGGCUACACGGUAUUGGGAGACGGACAAGCUGUACGAGAGGUCAGCGAUUUGAAUGACGAAAAGCGGCCAAUCUGGUUCAUCUACUCCGGAAUGGGAUCGCAGUGGGCCAGUAUGGCCAAGGAGAUGAUGCAGGUGGAAGUGUUCAACAACAGUAUCCAUCGCUGUGCAGAGGCCUUACGACCGGAGGGAGUCGACCUGAUCGAUAUCUUGACCAAGAGUGACGAAUCGCGGUUCGAUAACAUCUUGAACUCGUUCAUUUCGAUUGCUGCGGUGCAAGUGGCAUUGACCGACGUUCUGAACCAUCUGGGCAUCACUCCGGACGGUAUGGUCGGACACUCCGUUGGUGAGCUGGGCUGUGCCUAUGCCGAUGGAUGCUUCACUCCGGAGCAGACUGUUCUGGCUGCCUACUGGAGAGGACGCAGCAUUUUGGAUACCCAGCUGAUCCCUGGCCUGAUGGCUGCUGUGGGCCUCUCGUGGGAGCAAUGCAAGGAACGCCUCCCGAAGGACAUCAUUGCCGCUUGCCACAACAGCAGCGAUAGUGUGACGAUUUCCGGACCGGUAGAUUCUAUCAACAAGUUCGUCGCCGAGUUGAACGCCGAAGGCGUCUUUGCCAAGGCAGUCAAAUCGUCCGGCAUUGCUUUCCACAGUCGUUACAUUGCCGACGCCGCACCAAAACUGCGCAAAUCGCUAGACAAAAUCAUUCCGAACCCUAAGAGCCGUUCACCGCGCUGGAUCAGUACUAGCAUUCCGGAGGAAGCCUGGAACACUCCGUUGGCCCAACAAUCGUCCGCCGCCUAUCACGUGAACAACCUCCUAUCGUCGGUGCUGUUCGCUGAAGGAUUGCGGCACGUGCCCAGCAAUGCGAUUUGCAUCGAAAUUGCUCCGCACGGUUUGCUGCAGGCCAUUUUGAAGCGCGCCCUCGGCAAAGACGCCACUAAUUUGAGUCUGAUGAAGCGCGGUCACGACAACAAUGUGAUCUUCAUGCUGUCGAACAUUGGAAAAUUGUACGCCGCCGGAGCUCAACCGCAGGUUCAGAAGCUGUACCGCCCGAUUACGUACCCGGUUGGUCGUGGAACGCCCAUGUUGAACUCACUGGUCAAAUGGGACCAUUCGACCAAGUGGUACCUAGCCAGAUUCGGUGUUGAAAACAAAUCCGGCGAAACGGUCAUCGACGUCAACCUGGAGAAACCGGAUGAUGCCUAUCUGGCCGGACACACCAUCGAUGGACGUGUCCUGUUCCCUGCCACCGGUUACAUGACCCUGGCCUGGCGUACAUUCGCCAAAAUGCGCGGUUCGGACAUGGAAAAGACGCCGGUGGUCAUCGAAAAUGCCGUUUUCCACCGGGCCACCAUUCUGCCGAAGGAUGGUUCGGUCAAGUUUGGAGUGAAUUUCUUCGAUGGUACCGGGGCUUUCGAAAUCUGCGAAGGUGGAUCGUUGGCCGUGUCGGGCAAGAUCACCGUUCCGGAAAAUAUCGACAACGAGGAGUUGCCGUUGUAUCCGAUCGAUGAGGACAAGUCGGGUCUGUCGAUGAGUACCGGUGAUGCCUACAAGGAGUUGAGAUUGAGAGGAUACGACUACGGUGGUAUGUUCCGUGGAAUUACGAAGGCUGAUGCCAGCCGAGUUACUGGUGAGCUGCAGUGGAAGGAUAACUGGGUUAGCUUUAUGGACACCAUGCUGCAGUUCAGCAUUUUGGGCAAGAACAUGAGGGAGUUGUACUUGCCCACUAGAAUUGAGAAGAUUGUGAUCAACCCGGCCCGCCACAUGGACAUGAUGAACACCCUGAAGUCGAAGGAUCAAGAUGUUCCGGUCGCUGUCUACCGCAACAUCGAUGUGAUCAAGAGUGGAGGUGUGGAGAUGCGAGGAUUAAAGGCCACACUUGCUCCGAAACGUUCGGGAUCACAGGCUCCGCCAACACUUGAGAAGUAUGUCUUUGUACCGAACUUCAACGAGAAGGAAUUGGCAGAGAGUGGCGAGAAGUCCCAAUUCCGGUCAAUUUCCACGGCUGUCCACUUGGCUAUCGAGAACAGCGCAGGAGCCCUGAAGAUCAAGGUUGCUGAAGCAUGCUUCCAACGUGCUCCGGAGAAUACCAUGGCUGCUACCGUGCAGGCCAUCAUUGAAGGCGAACCUACCCUGGUGAGUGACGUAGCAGUAGUUACGAACUAUCAACCAGAUACCCUUGUUCAGCACUUUGGAGAUAGUGGAGUUCGUGUAGUGGCCAAGGACGCUGCGGCAGGACCUAUUGAACAAGGUUGCCAUAUGGUAGUUUCUUACGAUAUACUUGGCCGUUCGGACAGCCAAGCUGUUCUGAGCAAUCUCCGUGAAUCGAUCCGUGAUGAUGGAUUCCUGUUCCUCGAAGAAUCUCGCACAAACUUUGAUGCUACCAAGAAGGGUAAGGCUCUGUUCGAUUCGCUAAAACUGACGACCGUGACGUAUCAAUAUUACGACAAAAAGGUCUUUGUACUACUCCGUCCCACCAACAACUACGAGCAACGCAAGUCCACAGUUAUUCAGGUCACCGAGAAGAACUUCACCUGGGUGGAAACGUUGAAGGCUGCUUUGGCGAAGGCCGAAGAAACCAAUACCUUCGUGUACAUUGUAUGCCAGGGCGAAGAGCUGUUCGGCGGUCAAGGAUUCAUCAAUUGCAUCAAGAACGAGGCUGGCGGUAAGUUCGCCCGUAUGGUCUUCAUUCAGGACAAGCGAGCGGAGAAAUUCUCCCUCACCGGCAAAUCGUACGUUGAACAGUUGAAGAAGGACCUCAUUUGUAACGUUAUGAACAGCAGUGGCGUUUGGGGAAGCUUCCGGCAUCUGAGAUUGGACAACCAGACCAACGGAACAUCGCUGCAGGUCGAGCAUGCCUAUGUCAAUGCCUUGACAAAGGGCGACUUGGCGAGCUUGAAGUGGAUCGAAGGACCACUGUCGCGGGACAGGCCAGAUCCGAAGGACAAGAAGCAGGAGUUGUGCACCGUUUACUACGCUCCGAUCAAUUUCCGUGACGUAAUGUUGAGCUCUGGCAAGCUUGGAGUUGAUGCUCUGCCGGGAGAUCUGCCCACUCAGGACUGCAUUCUCGGAUUGGAGUUCUCCGGUCGGGACGCAGCCGGUCGUCGCAUCAUGGCCAUGGUUCCAGCCAAAUCGCUGGCAACUACCUGCGUAGCUCACCGGAACAUGAUGUGGGAAAUUCCGGACAACUGGACUAUGGAGCAAGCCUCGACAGUCCCGUGUGUCUACUCAACAGUUUACUACGCCCUGGUCGUGCGUGGUCGCAUGAAGCGUGGUGAAUCUAUUCUGAUUCACGCCGGAUCCGGUGGCGUGGGACAGGCCGCUAUCUCGGUUGCCCUUUCCGCUGGACUCACGGUCUUCACCACCGUUGGUAGCAAGGAAAAGCGUGACUUCCUGAAGCGUACCUUCCCACAACUGCAAGAUCGCCACAUUGGAAACUCCCGAGACUGCUCGUUCGAGCAGAUGGUCAUGCGUGAAACUCAAGGACGUGGCGUGGACCUGGUACUGAACUCGUUGGCCGAUGAGAAACUGCAGGCAUCGGUCCGAUGCUUGGGAUUGAACGGACGGUUCUUGGAAAUCGGCAAGUUCGAUUUGAGCAACAACAGCCCGCUGGGUAUGUCGGUGUUCUUGAAAAACACUUCAUUCCACGGCAUUCUGGUCGACAGCAUUAUGGACGGCGAUGAUGACGUGCUUGCCGAGGUCGUCCGAUUGGUUUCGGAAGGUAUCAAGAGCGGUGCGGUACGCCCGCUGCCAACUAGCGUGUUUGGCGACCAACAGGUGGAACAAGCUUUCCGAUUCAUGGCUUCCGGUAAGCACAUCGGCAAGGUUGUCCUCAAGAUCCGCGACGAAGAGAAGGCCAAGGUGGUCGUCCCGCCCCCAAAACUGAUCUCCGCUAUCCCUCGUACGUACAUGCACAAGGAAAAGAGCUACAUCCUGAUCGGUGGACUGGGAGGUUUCGGUCUGGAGUUGGCCAACUGGUUGGUCUCGCGCGGAGCUACCAAGAUCAUUCUGACCUCUCGCAGUGGAGUUCGAACCGGAUACCAGGCCCUGAUGAUCAAGCGUUGGACCGAACGUGGCGUUACGGUUUCGAUCGAUACGAACGAUGUCACUACUUUGAAGGGAGCACAGAAGCUACUGCAGGCCGCCAACAAGCUGGGACCGGUCGGAGGUGUGUUCAACUUGGCGGCGGUGCUGCGGGAUGGUCUGUUGGAAAAUGCAACAGAAGCGGACUUCAAGACUGUCUGUGUGCCUAAGGUUGACGGAACGAAGAACUUGGAUCAGGCCACGCGGGAGCUGUGCCCGGACUUGGAUUAUUUCGUUGUGUUCUCGAGUGUUUCGUGCGGACGAGGAAACAUUGGACAGGUGAACUAUGGAUUGGCCAAUUCGGCCAUGGAGCGAAUUUGCGAAGCACGUCAAGCCGUCGGUUUGCCUGGAACUGCCAUUCAAUGGGGCGCCAUCGGAGACACCGGUUUGGUGUUGGAGAACUUGGGUGACAACGAUACGGUUGUCGGUGGAACUCUCCCGCAAAGAAUGCCAUCCUGUCUUCAGACAAUGGACUUCUUCAUGCAGCAGCCUUGUCCAGUUUUGGCUUCGAUGGUUGUGGCUGAGAAACGUAAGGCGGAAACCGGAGGAGUUGGAUUGGUCAGCUGCGUGGCGAACAUUCUUGGUUUGAAGGAUACCAAGAACGUGUCCGAUUCCGCCACUCUGGCUGAUCUCGGAAUGGACUCCUUGAUGGGCGCUGAAAUUAAGCAAACCCUUGAACGAAACUUCGACACUGUUUUAAGUGCAGCGGAAAUUCGUAUGCUCACAUUCGGCCGUCUGAAAGCGCUGGAAAGUGGUGGCGCCGAUGCUCCUGGAAGUCCCGUCCCACCGGCAUCUGCAUCGCCCGAACCAGAGCAGCAAGAUCAAAAUGGACUGGGAGAUGGCACUCAGGUUAGAUUCAGUGCAGAUCUCAUGCCUACGCAGUGCCUGGUUCGAUUGGACUCCAAGGCCCCGCCAUCCAGCAAGGACCGCCCAGUGUUCAUGGUACAUGCCAUUGAAGGUGUCAUCACUUCGCUCAUUCCACUAGCACAAACCCUCCCAGUUCCUGUGUACGGUCUCCAGUGUGUAGCCGAAGCACCCCUAGAAUCUCUGGAAACGUUGGCCGCGUUCUACAUUAAGCAUGUCCGAUCGGUGCAGCCAAAGGGUCCUUACACCAUCGUGGGCUACUCGUUUGGAGCGUCCGUCGCCUAUGAAAUGGUGGCCCAGUUAGAAAAUGCCAAAGAAACCUGUCGAUUGCUGAUGCUGGACGGUUCGCCACGAUACAUCGCUGGUUACACGGACGCACAAAAGCAGCGAAUCGACAACGGAGAAGCCCUCCAGGCCGAGGAUGAAGCCUAUGCGCUGGCCUUCUUCGCCAUGGUCUGCGGCAAUCUGGACUACUCUAAGACUGCCCACGAACUGAUUGCACCGAAGACGUGGGAAGCGCGGUUGCAGAAAUGCGCCGAAAUGGUUCGCACGCGAACGCCACAAUACUCUCAGAAACUGCUCGAGACGGCAGCGGAAUCGUUUGUACAUAAAAUCGUUGCUGGCCAUCUGUAUAAACCCACUUCCAAGAUCAGUGCCCCGGUGAAACUGGUGAAACCCACCGAAAACUAUGCCAAACUGCAAGGCGAUUAUGGUCUCUCAGAGCUCUGCACGAAGGACGUCAAGGUGACGACUGUGAAAGGCGACCAUCGAUCCAUUCUUGUCGGUGAUUCGAUGCUGGAAAUCUCUAAACUUCUCCACGAGCUGCUAUAAAGUGAAGCGUAUCGUCAUCACACCUUCGCACACAGGAAACACCUGCAUGGACAUUAGAGCAUAGAAAUCACUGGGGCGUACCGCCUUUUCCCCCAAUCUCUCGAAGCGAGUGAGAGUCAGAUGGAAUGUGUAAUUUAUUUUCGUUCUUUUGUGUAUAGUUCAAAUCUACUUCCCGACUUUUCUACAUUAAUUUUGGUUAUAAGAUGGUUCCCAGUGGACCUAUUGGCACUGUUAACGCAAGCGUGAUCUAUAUAGAACUAGUAGGAUGCAGUCCAAAGAGUGCUGGCACUGGACGUCUGAUCCAGGUCCGUUUCAGGGGCAGUGUCACCGCCCUUUGCUGUAGUUUCGAAAACAUGAAAAUGUAUAAAAAAGAACGUGAUUGCUUAUUAGCUGUUAGUUGCCUUCUUUCUGAGAAGCAAAAAAAAAACUUCGACAUGAACAUUUUCCAAGAUCUUGAUCUAUUUAUGAAAUGGAUUUGAAGAAUGUGUUAGUUGCAUAGCAGACAACAUUCCACUCCUAGAGUAGCUAUUUUUUUCCUUUAAAAUAAUACUUUAAUUAUAAAAAGUAGAUUUUAGUGAGUCGAUGGGAUUUUAUUCCUAAAACAACUUGUAAAAAAAAUAGUUAUUUUACAUCACAGAAAUGACAAAAAUAAAGAAGGGAUCUAUUAACCAUGUGUACUAAAUUUAUUCUGUCUUCGACCCAACGAAAAACAAUCGGACAAAUGAUCGAACACACAAACAAUUUUACAAAACAGGGGCAUCCAGGUUUAGCAUGUAAGGACCAUUAACUAUCAUAAGCAGCCAUUCAACUUCUAUUACCAUGUGUGAUGCAGAAAUCUUACCCGGUACAGGCACAUGAUCAAUCUACUCGAAGUCACACUAUCACACGUUUACUGAAGUUGUUGUGUGUAAUCACGAAUAUUUAACAAUAUUGUAAACUAGCACUACACUUCUGUUGCGGAACACACACACACCCGAAAGCGGAUAAGUAAAGCCUAUCAAAUCUCAAAGCACCAAUUGCGUAUACCCCCAAAAUGGCUUAUUGCACUCACCCACACAGAAGUACUGAAUGUAUGUAUUUGAACAGGAACAUAGUUAUUUGUGCAUUUGGAAGAACAAACGGCCAAUUAUGAUGGCAAAACAGGAAACUGUAUAUUUGAAUGCAAAUAAAAAUAUUGCAAAUGAAAAA